CCUCCAGGAUCCUGAUACGUGGCUGUUUGGGAAAGCCGCCGCGACCGACUGUUACUUGAGUGCUGCAGCUAGCGGAUCUCUGCCCUCAGCAGCUGGGAGUGUGGAGAAACUCUAGCCUGCCUUCAUCAAGCCGGCCUGGAUGGCAGGGACACACUGGUGCAAAGACUGCCGAAACCACAAGCAUUACUGGUUGCAAGUGCUCUUCGGACCGUGGGACGGAUGAAAGGUGGGCACUGCAGGAGGCCCAGCUGGGCUGUAGCUGCUCUGUUUAUCCCAGUUACCCUGCUGAUGCUGACCUCCAGAGGAGCAUCAAGCAGCCAGAAGAUGACACAAACAGCUAUGGCUCAUGCAACAGCCACAGCAGCAGGACCAGGCCCCAGCCUGACAGAUGACCUCCCAGGCCUCCAGGCAGUAGCAGACCUCUUAGCCAGUGAACAGGCUCAUGUUUGGUUCCUGUCCCUGGUGGGCUCUGUUGCUGUAGGCCUCAGCGGGAUUUUCCCCCUACUCGUCAUUCCCAUUGAGGCUGGAGCAGCCCUCAAAACAGAAGCUGGAUGCCAGAAGCUGAAGCAGCUCUUGAGCUUUGCUAUUGGUGGUCUCCUUGGUGAUGUAUUUCUUCACCUCCUCCCUGAGGCAUGGGCGCUCUCCGUCUCUUCAGCUGGUAAACAAAACCACUACAUGACCCAAGGCUUGUGGGUAAUCGUUGGCCUAUUGGCCUUCCUACUCCUAGAGAAGAUGUUCCCAGACCAGGACAGCCACGAGGAUCCUGCUUCAAACUCGGACCUGAAUUUUAACUCUCCUACACAGUCUAAUUCAGUUUUCGGUGAAAAGGCAGUGGCAUCACUCAGAAAUGGGCACCAUGCUGAGUCAAGGAAAUCCUCCAAGCAACAGAGUCUGCCGGAAAGAUCAGAGAAAAUCAAGACAAGUGGAUAUCUAAACCUACUGGCCAACUGCAUUGACAACUUCACUCAUGGACUGGCAGUAGCAGGGAGUUUCCUCAUUAGCAAAAAGGUUGGCUUCCUCACCACCUUUGCUAUCCUGCUCCAUGAAAUCCCACAUGAGGUGGGAGACUUUGCCAUUCUGCUGAGGGCCGGGUUUGACCGAUGGAGUGCUGCUCGCAUGCAGCUGUCUACAGCGCUGGUCGGCAUCCUGGGAGCUUGUUUUGCUCUGUGCACUCAGUCACCAAAAGGCACAGAAAAUGCCACUGCCUGGAUAUUGCCUUUCACUUCUGGAGGCUUUCUCUACAUUGCCCUGGUGAAUGUGGUGCCUGACCUGCUAGAGGAGUCCAGUUUAAGGCACUCCCUACUGCAGAUCCUGCUCAUUUUCUGUGGCGUGGCGGUCAUGGCUCUGCUCUCUGCCAUUGUUGACUGAACAUGGAGGCCUUACCAAAAACUAAAACUCAGCACUGGAGAGAAAUCCUGUCCUCCACCAUCCCUCAUAUCUGGUACCUCCCAUUCUUGGAAACAUCCUCUUUACUAAGAAAUUACAUCGUUACAUUGAUAUCAUCAUCAUCCCCACCAUCAUCAUCGUGUUACACUAAAACAAAUGUCUGACAGAAGAACGGAACUUUAUGGAUGGAUGACUGAAAGGAUGACCUUCUCGAUCUGCUGACAGGACGUUUGUGAGGACAUGUCAAAAUGUGCCAGACUUAAACAUCAAGGGAAUUCAGAGGGUUUGUAUGGAUAUCAGUUACCAAAUUGUUUUAUAUUGUUGAUCAGACAAUCAUGUUGAUUUGCACAUACAUUUACACAGGUACAUCUGAUGUACCUGCUCAACAGAACAGGUGUUAUUGGACCUUUUCAAGGACCUCCUCCUUUAAAAUGCAUUGAACCCUAAAUUGUUUAAACAUUAUAUGUGUUUGUUACUGUUGUGCAUCUUCUGUUUCCAAUGUAGCUGCUGCAUAUUUAUUGAAAAAAAACAAGCAACCCAGUCUUACCAGACGUGCGCCACAACCACCACUCCAUAUUCUUGUCUAGUUAAGAAAUAAGUGCCAAGAAGUGAAGAUGGUCUGUUACACUAUUGUCGACUCUACACCAAAGUAUGCUUUUUCUGGUCGUAUUGCCCUCACACACUACAGUCUGCACCUUUUUUAAAGCACAGGUUAGUGCUUACAUAAACCUCUGCUUGAAUAAAUAAUUGUGAUAAUGUUAUAAAUUCUUGUUACCAAGAACUUUGUGAGUCAUGGGACAGAUAACAGCUCUUGACCAUGCAGGAUUAUUCGUAUUAUUAUGUUGUUCACUUCUGAAAGUAAAAGUUUCCACUCCUGAAGAAAUAAACUGUAAAUUUCUCUAUAA